AUGCUUGCCCAAACUGCUCUUGUCGCGUUGAGUGCGACUCUGGCUGCAGCCGUCAAGCCCCUCACUGUCCAGGGCAAUUCCUUCGUCAACGCUGCUGGUGAAAAAUUCCAGAUUGUGGGUGUCGACUACCAGAUCGGCGGAAGCGCUGGUUACGAUCCUACCCACAACCGCGACCCCCUCAGCGAUGGCGAUGUCUGCUUGCGCGAUGCAGCAGUGCUGCAGCGCCUCGGCGCCAACGCCAUCCGCGUCUACAACCUCGAUCCUAACUUGAACCACGAUGCGUGCGCUUCCGUCUUCAAUGCCGCUGGCAUGUACAUGAUCCUCGAUGUCAACUCUCCCCUGGUCGGCGAGAGUAUCACCAGCUUCGAGCCCUGGACCAGCUACUACGCUGCCUACCUGAACCGCACUUUCGCCAUCGUCGAGGCCUUCAAAAACUACCCCAACACCCUGGCAUUUUUCUCCGGCAAUGAGGUCAUGAACAAUGUCGAGACGGCUCAGUUCGUUCCCCAGUACCUGCGCGCUGUUACCCGCGACUUGAAGAACUACGUCUCCAAGCACGCCGACCGCCCCAUUCCCGUCGGUUACUCGGCCGCCGACGUCCGCGAAAUCCUCGUCGACUCCUGGAACUACCUGCAGUGUGCCGAGAACGGCGAUGCUAAGGACCCCAGCCGUAUUGACCUCCUCGGCCUCAACUCUUAUUCGUGGUGCGGCGACUCUGACUUCAAGAAGUCCACCUACGACCAGCUCGUCUCUGAUCUGCAGGGUACAUCCGUUCCCGUCUUCUUCUCCGAGUAUGGCUGCAACCAGGUCACCCCUCGUAUCUUCACCGAGGUUGGCGCCAUCUACGGCCCCGACAUGAAGGACCUCUUUUCGGGCGGUCUCGUUUACGAGUACAGCCAAGAGGACAACAACUUCGGCCUUGUCAAGGUCAACGAUGACAAGUCUCUCACCCUUCUGAUCGACUACCAGAACCUCGCGACCCAGUACAACAAGAUCGACUUCAAGACCCUCCAGGCCGAGAAGGCGCCUAGCAACCCCCCCGCGCCUCCCAAGUGCGCUUCGUCCCUGAUUAAGGAGACGGGCUUUAACAACAACUUCACCUUGCCGGCCGUCCCGCCCGGAGGUCAGGACAUGAUCGACAACGGUAUCAAGAACAAGCCCUCCGGCAAGAUCAUUUCCAUUUCCGACUGGACUGUUAAGUACAAGGUCUACGGCGUUGACGGCAAGACGGAGAUCACUGGCCUCGCCGUCUCGCCUCUUGCUGACUCCGACAUCAACACGCCCGGUACCAACACUGGCGGCUCCACUGUUCCUGCCACUUCCUCCCCCACGGGCAGCGGCAGUGCCUCAUCUCCUUCAAAGAGCGGCAGCCCCGCUGUCCCGUUGCGCCCGGAGGUCGCUGCGAUGGCCGCGCCGCUACUUGCCCUCCUUUUCUUGUAG